AUGACAAGGGGGGCCCAUGAGAAAAGGGGGGGGGCAAGCAAAAAGGGGGGGGGCAUGAGAAUAGGGGGGCCCAAGUCAAAAGGGGGAGGGUACUACAAAAACAAAAGGUUUUAUGAUAAGUCUCAAUUUAAGGGAUUUCUUGGAAUCUUACAGAAACCAUACAGUCCUUCAACACAAUCAGAAUUUCUGUUAAUUAGUGUGUGGCAUGGAAUACAAAAAAAAACAUAG